GCGGAGCCGAGGGGCGGCGGAAGCGGGUGGCGGCCCCCGACCGGCGCCUCGCUCCUUCCUCUUCAUCGCUUCUUCCUCUUCAUCGCUCCUCCCAGUGCUCCGCCCGCAAAUGCGGCAGGAGCUGCGCGGUUCCUGCGCCAGGGUCUAUGAAAACGGGUGCCCUCCCCUUCACCGUUCCCUCCUCUCUUCCGAGGACCCCAUCCCCGGUCGUUGCAGAGAAGGGAGUUGCAAGAACCAAAGUGACAGUGAGAGCCUGGGCAACAUGAGAGAUUGGACAGCUCACUAUACUGGAGAAUUUAUUGUUAGGAGAAUUAAUCCCCAAAGAGACUGAAGUGAGUCCCAGGAUGGCCAAAGAGGAGCCCACCAGUACCUUAAAGGACUUGCAGGAGCUGCAGAAGAAGCUGUCUUUGCUGCUGGAGUCCUUCCAGAAUAACUCAAAGGUGGUUGCCUUCAUGAAGUCUCCAGUGGGUCAGUACUUGGACAGGCAUCCCUUUCUGGCCCUCACUUUGCUGGUGUUCAUUGCUGUGUCGGCUGUACCUGUUGGGUUCUUCCUGCUCCUGGUGGUGUUCACCUCCUUGGCUGCUCUCGUGGGGGUCAUCUUGCUGGAAGGACUAGUCAUCUCUGUGGGUGGCCUUUCACUGCUUUGUGUCCUCUGUGGCUUGGGCUUUGUAUCAGUUGCAAUGUCAGGGACGAUCAUGGUUUCCUACAUGGUGGUCUCCAGCCUCAUCAGCUUCUGGUUUUCUCCCAGGCUGCUGACACAGCAGAACCCCAGCGCCGACUGUCAGCUGGCUAUGAAGGCCGCAGACUUCGAGGGGCUCUACCAGGAGUGACCAGCCAACUGGAACCAGGCUUUCCUCCCGCAUCUCCAGAAAGCUGUUGGUCACACUCGCCCACUGGGAUUAUGGCCUAGGAGGACACUCAGGCACCCUGUGGCCGUGUCCCCUGGCCUUUCCACUCACUGUGUGUAAAAUCCUGUUGUGGACAGCAUGGCUUCUCCCUGCCCUACGCUCUCCACGUGUGCAGCUUGACCUUGGCAGGGAUCUGGGCCUCCAGAGCCUAGGGCUUAUGUCCAGGCCCCAGUUGGGGGUAAUAGUGAAUUGUUUUUUAGGGUGUUUAUUUAUUUUUUGAGGGUAGUUGUUUUUCACUCAUUUGAAAUGAGAUAAGGAGGAAAAAAUAUCCAAAAUAGAACCAGCUUUUCUGCCUUAUUUGUUUUUUAUAAGAACAACGACAUUGGGAAUAGGUUUCACUCAGAGUUGGAAGAAUCCAUACUUAACUUUGUGGCCAGGAGUCUUUUUGAAAAGGUCUAAAGGUGUGGUUUCCAUUGUUACUGUUGAGUGCUGUUAAGUGCCAUUGACCUUUUACAUAUUUGCACUUGGUACUUUUGUAUUAUUUUAAAGAACUCAUCCUAUUCAGCCAUUUCUAAAAAAAAAAAAGUGAAAGGACUACAAAGUAAGAAUAAAAUAUCCUGCAUAGUUUUUA